GGCUAUUUAAGCUGAAACUGAUAGUUGGACGGAGAAACGUAUGAUCUGCAGUAGAUGUCAGGGAACAAUUCACUGCGAUGUAGUGGUUGUCAACGGUGGAGACUACCAGAGUUGAUGCGACCACGUGCACAAAGCCUGCAAGACGACAUAUCCCCCACUUAUUUGGUAGCAGAAUGUUAGAUAAGUCCCGACCAGUCGUCCAUAUGGCCAGCAACGCUUGGAAUGGGGUCAAGGCACGUCAGAGUCUCCGGGUCCUGCUCCCCCUCAGCCUCGUUAGCCUUGUGACCAUAGUGAUCUACCUGCUGUACAAUAACUGUGACAGAAUCCCGACCACCCCCGACCUGUGUGAGAUAUGGAAAGGUGAAACGCCUCGAACGAACGCAACACUGUGGUGGCAGUGGGCGUGUCUAAUAGAAUGGGACAUGGACAGCGCUGACAGCUACCAGUGUCAGAACAAGGAACUCAUGGGCAACUGGCCAGUGUGCUGGGACAAGGACUACAAACCAAGGGACCCCUGUCUCGUGUACUCCUUUGGUAUAGACAAUGACUUCAGCUUCGAUGACGCAAUGGCAAAGCGAGGGUGUACUGUGUACAGCUUUGACCCAAGUAUGGGGGUAACAGACCACCGACAUUCCGAGAGGGUGUUCUUCAAAAACAUGGGUCUAGGUGCCUCCGACACCGAUUCAUUCCACCCCAACUUUGACGGGUACGUCCGACAUUCCACCAGCUGGAAGGUCCGAACGCUGAAGUCCAUUAUGAAGCUACUGGGGCACGAGAAGCGUGUGAUCGAUGUAUUGAAGAUCGAUAUCGAGGUGUACGAGUGGGCUGUGACAGCCAACAUCAUGAAGGACGGGCUGUUUCCCCAAAUCCGCCAGUUUCUGGUGGAGUGGCACAUAUUCCCAAACGAACCAUCCAGAGAGCGUUUCCAGGACAUCUACGAUGCCUACAUGAGCCUAAAGAAGAACGGAUUCCAGUUCUACCACAAAAACAGUGGCAGCAGAUACCACCAUUACCGUUACUGGAACUCACAGGCUGAUAUGUGUUACGUCAACACCCACUUCAAGCAACCCAGUUAACACUUCCGUCAUGCGCAGAACGGAGUCAGCAUGGGCACACCGGAAGUGGGCUGUGUAAUAUAUCCUCGGGCAGGGUCCGGGGUAUUUUUAGACGUACGUACAGCUUGUAUGUCUGAAGGAGAGGCACUCUUUGUACAAGAACCCAGUGGAAUCCUACAUCACAGAAUCCACACUUGAAUCAGUAUCGUGUGAGCCAGGAAUAUAUACACAGAUGUUCCCUGCAGGCUUCUGUUGCUGAAGCCGGGGCUAAGUUGAUGUGGUGAUGUCUGUUGUUUGUGAGGAAUCCAUCAGUAUUUGCAUUGUAUAUUAUGAAACUAUUUUUAAAGACGAAUAUCUGAUAUAUUUUGAGCAGGUUUGACAUCUUUCUAUCGUCGACCGUCAGGGGUGUGUGUGUAGAAGACUGAUCACGUGUUGUGAUAUGUUCAUUUUUCAGCCUUAUUGUCAUUGUAGAAUUUUCAGGGUGUUGUUUCAGUAUGUUGUUUGGAUUAAGUGUUGUUUAUGAAAGUGAUACACAUCGAAUAUCUUGCCAAAGUUGGAUAUUAUAAUGCCCAAUAUUCGGAUCUGUCGAGGAGGAAGUCCAGGUCUUCCAGAAGAGGUAACUUGAUGUGAAUGACCAAUUGUUUUGUGACAUUGUGGUUCUAUGACGUACGUAUGUCUUGGUGUAUAUGGAACAAAUCAACUUUUGUUGACCUGUUAUUUUGUAACAAAUAAUGUAGGUACAAGAUUACAAUCAAUACAGUAAGGAUGUUGCAAUGAUGUGUGGUUAGCUUAUGAAAUAUAUCUUAGGCCAGCCCCAUAACCCCAGUCAAAGUGCUAUAGCUGGACGUACAUGUAUACUCAUCGGUAACGUUACAUGUAUUGUUGUAUAUGGAGCCAGCGUUGUAUUUGGCAUGAAUAUAAGUCAGUUUCGUUUUCAAUAGUUUGAAGAUCGUUGUGUCGUGAAGUAAGUCUCGAAUACUUACAGCUGUAGCCUUAUCGUCCCAGAGACGCUAAAUUAUGUCAUAAUUCCACAACCAGUGGCCCUGGAGGUCUAGUCGUCUCAAGUGCGCAGUUCCUCGCGAGUUGCCUCCCUUAGGUGUGCCAGAACCCUGUGAUUGAGGGCUUUGUCGGCACUGUACCUACGUACGUACUUAGUAAGCAUUACUGCAGCUGUCACCUAACUGAAAUUCUGUUGGGCGAUAAAACCCAACACAUUAACUUACUCUCCCGUCGUACGCCAGGCAAUGUAAUGUAAGUGAUUAAUUAUGUAUGGAAACACGAUAUCUUUUCAGCUCCAGCUGUAAAUACAGGUUUUCAUGACAGGUAAUUACAACUGUGAGACUAAAAAUGUUACUUUAACAAUAACAUCACGGAAGUUUGUCAAUAUCCUUCGGCGAGGCAUGUCUGUCAUGAAUUAUGAGGAACAAUAUAUUCUUCUUAUACCCCUCCUCGACUCAUUUCCCCACAUCAAAUUGUCGGAAUAUAUGAGAGCAAUACGCGCCAAUAGGCUCCGUCUCAAAUAGUCGUCUCCCUAUGUAUUUCACUGUUUUUUCUCUGAACGAUAAAGCAAGAUGGAUUCGUUUAAAUCCAUCAACGCAUACAAUACAUCAGAAGAGCUGGAUGGAAUUUAGUACUAUUUUCCUGCGGUAUGACCUUGACCUCUUGACCCCACUAGCCCUGACCUGGUGUAACCUUAGUUGAUCAGUUCUAUCAUCUAUGUGAUGUCCAAAAAUACAGCCACGUCAGCAACAUUUCCCUGCUGUCUUCAAUCAUGUUUGUUGUGGACUGUAUCAUUCCAUAUGUUUUCGAAUUAAACUAAAUCGUUCUUCGA